AUGAACGGUGAGCAUAGUGUCGAGGGCGUCGAGGACACGCCGCACUACCUGCAAACAAUUCUUGGACACGUCGCCGAAAACGGCAACAUCAUAACGAAAUUUUCGAGCAAUGAUAACAUCCCUUCGCUUCAAGAAAUCAAGUCGUUAACAGACCGCGACCAGCAGUAUGCACUACUUCUGCUGGCCCGCCAUCGCCUAACCCGGGCUCUGGCCGAUUCUCAAGGUCUUUCGCCCGAGCUCAUUCUGCAUCGUGCUUCAGUCUACGAAGCCCUGGGCUACAGCGAUCUCGCUCUCGCAGACGCCUACGUCUCGUACACGCUGUGCGAAGUCGUGCUCGAAGGAUCACACGUUUCGGACCUCGAACCGACAGGACCAGAUGGCGAGCCAUGGUCGGAGACCGAAGACACAGCGAGCGUCUUGGUUCACAAGUAUCGGUCACUGAUCCUGUUGUGUCGGUCAGCGCUUCUCCUGGGAUGUCAACAUCAAGCGAAAGUGUGGAUUGAUGAUUUACUGGCGCUGAAGGGUGAACUGCAGAUGGAGGAGAAGGAGGGUGAACCGCGUGCGUCUUCGCAAGAUGCCGUGGUCGAGGAUUUCUGUAACUUCUUUUCCAUCUACGGUGAGGAUGGCAGCUUUAAACAGUCCGUCGCCGAGUCGCGGCAGAAUCCGAAGCCCGCGCUGUAUGGCUGGAGCCAGCGACAGGUGUAUCCGUGGAACGAGCAUGAACCUGAUCGGAUGUCGAAACACGCACUGGACGAGAUCAAUAGCAGGCUUCAUGAAGCUGCCGAGAACUUGGAGGUGGAAAUUUCCAUCCUGCCUAAUCUUGUGACGGACGAUGCUGCAGCCUCCGGAGGGAAUGGAUCUACUACACCAGCGGAAAGCUGGUCACAGCUGGGCCUUUACGCGAAGAAGGAUCUUGCACCCGGCACGACUAUACUGGAAGAACGAUCAAUGCUGACUGCCAUUCGACCACACGGCGAAGCUCUCUGCGACGCUUGUGCCGCUGACAUGGAAGGCAUUUCUCAAGAAGACCGACGUUAUUGUGCGGGUUGCGAUAUCCCAUUUUGCUCGGAAGCAUGCCAUGCUCUUGCGAUGGAGAAAUAUCAUGCUCCAAAUAAAGAGGACGAGGAAACAGACGAAGGAUAUCCACCCGCAGCAACGCCCUUUUGUCCUGGGUCGAGCGGCAAUGAGGAUCUCCAUACACUGGGCCGUGCCGAAAGCUCGACAACGCCAGAGUGGGAUUUGUAUUUCCUUCUACUUUCGAGGGCCAUGCAAAUGUCUGAAACCCAGGGUGUGCACCCAUUAGACCUAUUUGAGGUCAAGUAUCUCUGGGGUGACUUCUUACCUACCCCAACCCUGAGCAACCUGUCAUUGCACAAUGGUCCCAAGACUUUGCCGUACAGUGUUCGCCACCAUGUUGAGCUUCCAUUGCAGUGGUUCGAAGUCCUCAUGCACUCCCGCGAAGAGUGCAGACCGUACAGUGCGCAAUGGUUGGAGAAGUAUGAUUGGUGGAUCCUGCAGACGCUGUUCGCGAAAUUCCGUGGUGUGGCGGACGCACAGCAGUCGACUUGGACGGGCAAGGCUGAAGUCGCGGCCGUCCAUCCACUGUGGUGUCUAGCAAACCAUAGCUGCAACCCGAACGUUACGUGGAAGCCGUCGGGAGUGAGAAACUUCACUGUCAUGACUGAAAGGGUCUGGCAGCAUCCGGACAGCAAGGACCACGAAGAGUGGAUGGGCAUCAAGGCGGGUGAGGAGAUCUGGAAUCAUUAUACCGAUGUUCAAGAGCCGGAUUAUCAGGAGAGAAGGGCAAGAUUACAGGCUGUCCUUGGUGGUGAUUGCCGAUGUGAAAGGUGUACUUACGAAGAAAGUGCCGCGAAGUGA